AUGACGACCCAAUUCCAUCCUCCCGAUAUCUCCGUGCUAAAGGACAAAGUAGUCGUCCUAACAGGCGGCGCCCUCGGCGUCGGAGCCGCCGUCGUCCGCCUCCUCCACUCGGCCGGCGCGCACGUUUUCUUCGGCGACGUCCUCGAUGCCGCCGGGCGGGCGCUUGCUGACGAACUCACCGAGAGCAACACCAACACCGACAAUCCUUCUCCCUCUCCCCCACAUACAUCCACAUCCCCACCCAAACCCAAAGUCGUCUUCAUCCACACCGACGUAACAAACUACCAGGAAAACCUAGCCCUAUUUCAGAAAGCCCACGAGACAUGCGGUCGCAUCGACCAUGCCAUCGCCAAUGCCGGACUAGGCGAGCAGGGCAAACCCAGUUUCUUCGAUGCGGGGUUGUCGCUAGAGGACGUGGCGGAGGAGCCGGUUGGGGCGAUGAGGUGUUUGGAUGUUAAUUUGAAGGGGGCGCUUUAUUGUGCAAGGAUUGCUAGUGUUUAUCUGCGGCAGGGGCCGGUGGAUAGGGAUGGUGUGUUUAGGGGUGAGGGUGGUGAGGAUGGUGAGGAUGGAGGUGGAGGGGAAUGUGGAGGUGAAGGUGGAGGUGGGGAACAAAAGGGGGAUAGGAGUCUGACGCUCGUGAGCAGUGUUGCAGGCUUUCGGGAAGAUCCUGGCCCCCUAAUCAACACCGGCAUCCGCACCAACGCCAUCUGCCCCUGGAUGACCCGCACGCGCCUCACCACCAACAUCGCCCCCACCUGGGCCGCCGCCGGUCUUCCGUCCAACACACCCGACGACGUCGCCGCCGUCAUCGCCGGCGUGCUCGCUUCCCCCAAAAUCAACGGCGGGGCGCUGUACGUCGAGGGUGGGCGGGCCUGGAAUGUUGAGGAGGGCAUCUUGGCGACGAGGAAGUUGUGGCUUGGUGCUGGCGAGGAGGGCGAGCGGUUGGAGGAGGAUUUGGAGAGGGGGACCAGGCUUAUAGGGGGUGGGGAGCAUUGGGUUGAGAAUGGGAGCUCGCAGGUUUAG